CUGAAGUGCUCAAGGAAUCAGCGCUUCCAAAGCAAGGCAAACUGUUCACCCACCUUCACCACAUCGUAGCAAGUCAUCAUAUUCAAGGAGCACACCCAUGCAAACGACGUGUUGGCCGACUUGAUCGACUCAAAAGCGCGCACCCUUGUUGCGCCCGCAUCCGCUCCGACCUCAGGACGAAGUGCGGUAUCAUCUCCUCCAACGUGCUUCCCUUGCAAGCAACCUCGUCUGAAGCUGCUAACACAUCGUCGAUUGCGCCACAAGCUGCAGCCAGAAUAGCAGCAAAAACUACUUCAAGACCGUACGCCUCGCGUAGCCAGCAGCACCAGCUGACUCUGUAGCGUUCCCGUUUCGAGUACGCAGCCCGAGGGUGAGCAUCUAGCUCCUCUUCUGCUCAGCAAUCGUCAUCAUGGCUCUCGCACCUCUCCAUGAUGCUGAGUCGAAGGAAACAGGCCGAUCUGGAUCGAGCGUCAAGACGGCGUCUUUCGAUGUGCAUUCUUCAUAUCAAGCGCAUCUCGCAUCCUCCGCCGACAUGCCCAUGCCCAUCGCCGCCAUGCUCAGCCUUUGCGACCUGAUAUCUAUGACAUCCGUUCAGACGACCACGGAGCUCACCACACUGCUCAAGAAGGCUUCCGAAGAGCUCAAGGAUGCUCUGUCUAAUCCUGUUCCUGCGACGGCUGGCCUGGAUCUGUUUGCCAGAUUGGUGGGCGCUAUGGCUUGGGGAGAUCGAGAAUUCGAAGAGAUGAAGAGGGACCUGAUUGCCGUUGCCAGGGAAUAUGCGGGCAAGACUGUGCCCUUGUGUAGAGACGUCAUUGCAAAGAGGGCUAUGUCAUUCAUCAAGGACGACGCGGUGAUCCUCACUCACUCUUACUCGCGGGUAGUGAUGCACAUCCUCCUAGCAGCUGCCGAAGCUGGCCGACGUCCAAGCGUUUACGUCACAGAAGCCCGACCUAUGGGCUUGGGUAUCAAGACUUACAACGAGCUUCAAGCGGCCGGCAUCCCUUGCACGGUGGUGUGUGACUCCGCCGCUGCAUACAUCAUGUCAAAGGUGGAUCUCGUACUGGUCGGCGCCGAGGGCGUCUGCGAGAGUGGAGGACUGCUCAAUGCGGUCGGAACAUUGCAAUUGGCACUGAUUGCAAAGGCCAGCGAUAGACCCUGUUACGCGGCUGCGGAGAGCUUCAAGUUCUUGCGAGUUUUUCCCCUUUCUCAGCACGAUGUGCCGACAUCGAGACGGCACAUUCUGCCAUUGACUCCGCCCGAGGCACCAUCAGACGCGAAGGGCUCGGCGAGCGGAAGGAUAGGUGGCGGUGCCUCGGAGCACCGCAUGACACAAGCCAUGGAGGAUCUGAAUCCCUUGGUGGACUACACACCGCCACAUCUCCUCGCUGCCCUCUUCUCCGACGUCGGCGUCCUCGCAACCAGCUCGGGCGUUGGAGACGCGCUCUUGUCGGUGUAUGGUGGAGCGGACUAGUGCUUUAGCCAAGACACAAGAGCACAGUCCGCAAAAUGGAGCGUGUGCAGCCCCUUGCGUGUCUGGGCACGCGACCUCGAGAG